AUGGCAAGUCUUCCAGACAUUCCCGAACUUGGCCUCGUUUUCCCAGCUUCGCCUAUCGCAAACGCGGCGUUUGACUAUGUCAAGAAACAUUGCGACCAGGCGGUCUACAACCACCAGGUUCGCGCUGCUUAUUGGGCCCUCGUCAUGGUCCGGAAACUCCCGCAGUUCGUCACCAAGCCGCCAAACAUGAAUAUCGUGGUGGUCGCAUGCAUCUUCCACGACAUGGGGCUCGCCAAUUCCCCCGAGUUGCUGUCGGCCGACAAGCGCUUCGAAGUUGACGGGGCCAAUAUAGCGCGUAAUUUCAUCGAAAACUACAUGCAAACCCAUGGGCACGCCUCCGAUGUCGAUGAAUGCUGGGGAGAAGCUAGCGUCCAACGAGUCUGGGACGCCAUCGCCUUGCAUGCCACCUCCUCCAUCGCCUUGCAUGCAGCACCGGAAGUAGCACUCACCCAAAUGGGUGUGGCAGCCGAUUUUAGGGGACCGAAUUACCCCAACGGUCCCGGACAGCAGAACCUCAUCAGCGAGGAUGAGUAUCAUGCCGUGAUGCGAGUGUUUCCGCGAGCGGGGUUCACCAGCGAGUGUUUCAAAAGGAUUUUGUGUGGCGUAUGCCAUCGCAAGCCUGCAACAACAUAUGACAACUGGGCGGGGGCGUUUGGGCUUCAGUUCGGGACGGACGAGACUGAGCAGAGCAAGGAAACGUACAAGCGGAACUGGCAACAGAAGCAGCUGGUAAAUGCCCUGUUGCCAAGCAUGCAAUUUCUCGAGUCCCUCGAUGCAACACACAACUCCUGA